UAUUUACCUGCCUUUCAUUGUUUACUUUUGCUACAGAGCAUAUCGUUAGUGGAUUAGACUGUUCACAGUAUGGAAGAAACUGACAGUUUAAAUAAUGUUUUAGUUUCCAGUUCCUUACCUGAUGAUAAUGCCAAUCAAACUAUUAACAAUAAAGAAAAUUCUAAUGACUGUGAACCUGAACCUGAGGAAACUGAAGAAGAAUUGGAACGAAAACAUUUUCAACGGAUUGUUAAUGCUUUCAGAAGUUACAAAUUGCAUAGUCUCAAGAGGCUGUACAAUUCUACAAAGUACAUUUCUUCCUUAUCACCUCACCAACAAGACCUUUUGAAAGGCUACAGAAUUCAUUUGGAUCAAGUGCGAGUAGCAAUUGAGCAUAAUUACGAAAUAAUCAAAGUUAUUAUAAAGGAUGUAGCUCACUUAUUUCAAAAUGCUGAUCACAGUGAAGAUAUUAAAGUUAUUAGUUCUGAAGUGACUAUGAUUGAUAUGGAAAAAGUUCAGUCCAUAUUUAAACAGCUGUAUCGAGAAUGGAGUGUCGAAGGAAAAGAUGAGAGAGAUGCCUCUUUUAAGCCUAUACUGGAUGAAAUUGCCUUAAGGUUUCCCGAGGACAAAGUGGACAAACCAAAUAUACAAAUUCUAGUUCCUGGUGCUGGACUAGGUAGACUACCAUAUGAAAUUGCACGAAGGGGCUAUUCUUGCCAAGGAAAUGAAUUUAGCCUUUUUAUGCUCUUUGCUUCCAAUUUUGUUUUAAACAAGUGUCAAGGCGUGGACAUUUUCAAAAUUUAUCCUUGGGUUCACCAAUAUUACAACAACUUAAAGUCUUAUGAUCAGGUUCAAAUGGUGCGUUUCCCAGAUGCCAAUCCAUGUGAUAUUCCUGAAAAGGUGGAUUUCUCAAUGGCUGCUGGUAGCUACAUCGAAAUUUAUAACAAUUUAGAUGUCUGGGAUUGCAUAUGCACUUGCUUCUUCAUUGAUACCGCCAACAAUGUAAUUGAUUACAUUGAUACUACAUGGAAUAUUCUUAAACCAGGUGGCUAUUGGAUUAAUUUAGGUCCUCUUCUUUAUCAUCAUGCUGAUAUACCCAAUGAAAACUCUAUUGAACCAAGUUAUGAAGAAAUUAGGUCAAUCAUUUUGAAAUAUGGCUUUAUUUUGCUGAAAGAGGAACUAAAUAUACCUACACCUUAUGCCCAAAACCCAAGAUCAAUGAUGUCUUAUGAGUACAGAAGUGUGUUUUUUGUAUGUCAGAAACCAGAUCCUGUGUGCUGUAUGAAAAAUGAAGUCUCCUGAAUGAUGUGGAUAAUAUAAACGCAUGUAUGCAAGCAAUUAUGUGUUAUAUGUGUGUAAUGUAAAUACACAAUGUUUAGAAAAUAAAAUUAUUUUUACUUAAAA